AUGAGUAAAAGAGACUUGGAAACUGAGUCUGGUUCAGACAUCAACAAAAAACCAAAAAAAGAAGAGUUGGCCAUUGACUCGGAAUUGUUAGACCAUCACUCCAACAAUUCUUCCUCCAACGCUCCCAAUAGUAAAGAAGACGAUGAAGAUGAUGAUCAAGUAGCCACAGCGGCGAUUGUGGCCGCUGCUGCUUCUAUCGCGUCACCUGAUCAACACAAGGACGAUGGACCUUCAGCGGCUGCGGCUGCGGCUGCGGCUGCUGUCCAGCAACUCAAGCAGCAACAUGAACAGCAACACCAGCAGCAGCAGCAACAACAACAUCAACAACAGCUUCAACAACACCAACAACACCAACAACAACAGUCUCAAUUGACACUGCAACACCAACACCAACAACAACAACAACAACAACAACAACAACAACAACAACAACAACAACAACAACAACAACAACAACAACACCAACAACAGCAGGCAGAUUUCGUCUACAAAUCAGGUGCUCCCUCUGUCAGUAGUCCCUACACCAUCACGCCCAUUCCUCAGAGUAUCAAGCCGGUCCACGGCACGGAAGAAUGGCACAAACAACGCAAGGAGAACCACAAGGAGGUGGAACGUCGUAGAAGAGAAAGCAUCAACCUGGGGAUCAAGGAAUUGGCCCAACUAAUCCCCACCAGCGACACCAAUAAAGCUCAAAUCUUACAACGAGCCGUAGAGUACAUCAAGAGAUUGAAGGAGAACGAAAGCAACAACAUGGAGAAAUGGACUUUGGAAAAGCUUUUAACGGAGCAGGCCGUGAGUGAGUUGAGUAACUCCAACGAGAAGUUGAAGCAAGAAUUGGAAAGAGCCUAUAGAGAAAUCGAGCAGUGGAAGAGACAAGCCAAAGAAGCCGAAAAGAAGUUGGCAGAAUAA